ACUCCUCUCGGCCGUCUGGAAGUCACUACGAGAGUGGAGCCGCUAGAAGGAUACACAAUUAACCAAGUAGGGGAAGAAGGAGAGGAAACAUUUUCAGUCCCAGGCUCCGAACUGUAAAACCGGGAAUAUUUCCACCGCCACAGCGGAAGAGUAGCUCCAGUCUCACCCCAGAACUGGGGUAGCGUCCGCGAAGACUCUCGCAAUGGAUAGAGUUUUAACUUGUCUCCUUGCUGCGGUCAGUUUACUGGUUACAGUUCGAGGACAAGUAUUCAAAGGUGACUGCAACUUUGAAAGACCCUACACAUCCUGUGGCUACACUCAAGGUAAAGACGAUGAUUUCGACUGGGAACAGGGGAACACCAAGGAGAGGCCAUCAUCAGAUCCCUGGGUGCCAUCCGGCUCGGCUUUUAUGAUGGUCAACACGUCCGGGCGGUCUGCUGGCCAGAAGGCCCAGCUCUUCGUGCCCCAGCUGAAGGAGAACGACACCCACUGCAUCAUCUUCCAGUACUACGGCGCCAGCCGCGAGGGCUCGGUUCCCGGCCAGCUCAACAUCUACGUGAAGGAGAACAACAGCCCGCUGGGCAUGCCCGUGUGGAACGCCACCGAGCUCGACUCCCACAAGUGGCACCAGGUUGAGCUGGCUGUCAGCACCUUCUGGCCCAACUUCUACCAGCUCGUCUUUGAAGUGGUGACCACAGGACAGCGCGGCCUAGUGGCAAUCAAGGACAUCACACUCCAGGGACACCAGUGCAUGAGCACGCCCCACUUCUUGCACAUCAAAGGGGUGGAGGUCAACGCCAGACAGAGCGCCACCUUCUCCUGCACCAUCAACGGCCAGCCCAAAGACCACGCCAGCUACAAACUAUGGCUACAGGGUAUCGGCGGCAGGAUGGCUCCCCUGAAGGAGACCAAGCCGGUGAACUCUCGUCGCUACAUGGCGUCCUUCGACGUGGAGAACACCACCAAGGGAGACUCCGGACGCUACCGCUGCAUCGUCCAAUCAGAUCGCGGCAUGGGCGUGUCCAGCUAUGCAGAGCUCACCGUCAAACAGCCCCCGGUUCCGAUCGCUCCCCCUCAGCUGUCGGCGGUCGGCGCCACCUACCUGUGGAUCCAGCUCAACGCCAACUCCAUCAAUGGCGACGGGCCCAUCAUCGAGCGCGAGGUGGAGUACCGUACGAUCACCGGCAACCUGAUCGACAACCAGCCCGUGGACAAGCCCAACCACAAGAUCGGCCAUCUGGACCCGGACACGGAGUACGACAUCAGCGUGCUGCUGACCCGGCCCAACGAGGGGGGAACCGGGGCGCCGGGGCCUGCUCUCCGGGCCAGGACCAAGUGUGCUGACCCCAUGCAUGGGCCUCGCAAACUACAGGUGGUGGACAUCAAGUCGCGGCAGAUCACGCUGCGCUGGGAGCCGUUCGGCUACAACGUGACCCGUUGCCACAGCUACAACCUGACGGUCCAGUACCGCUACCAGACGGGCGGCAAGGAGGAGACGCGCGAGGAGCUGUGCUACGACACCCUGAGUGCCACGCCGCAGCACACCAUCCGCAACCUCUCGCCGUACUCCAACGUCAGCGUCCGACUGGUGCUGCACAACCGCGAGGGCGUGAAGGAGAGCGAGGAGCUGGGCGUGCUCACGGACGAAGAUGUGCCCGGGCCAGUACCCCUGGAGUCCAUCCAUGGCAGCACACACGAGGAAAAGAUCGACCUGAAAUGGCAGGAACCUGUGCAGACCUACGGAAUAAUUAAGCAGUAUGAGAUCUUCUACAAGGCCGUCAGCUCCUUUGACACGGUUUUCAACCUCACCAACCAGAGCGGCAAGGUUUUGAAGUUCAGCAACGAGACGUCUCACACCUUCGAGUUCCUGUACCCGGGCUCCACCUACUCCUUCACCAUCCGGGCCAGCACCAUCAAGGGCUUCGGACCCCCCGCCAUCGCACAGUUCACCACCAAGAUCUCAGCCCCUCUGAUGCCCCCGUAUGACAAAGAGACGCCUCUGAACCAGACCGACAGCACCGUCACCGUGCUGCUCAAGCCAGCCCAGAGCAGGGGAGCACCCAUCAGUUUGUACCAAGUUGUGGUGUUGGAGGAGCGCCCCCGGCGUGCUCGGAGGGCAGCGGAGAUCCUGGGUUGCUACCCUGUGCCCAUCCACUUCCAGAACGCCAGCCUGCUCACCUCCCAGUACUACUUCACUGCCGAGUUCCCGGCCUCCCAGAUCCAGACUGCCAAGACCUUCACCAUUGGCGACAACAAGACCUACAAUGGCUACUGGAACGUCCCGCUGCUGCCCCACAAGAGCUACACUGUCUACUACCAGGCCGUCAGCACAGCCAAUGGGGAGACCAAAAUCGAUUGUGUGCGAGUGGCCACUAAAGCAGGUGCGGCGACACACAAGCCAGACGAGGUGGAGCCGGAGAAGCAGUCGGACCAUACGGUGAAGAUCGCCGGAGUGAUCGCCGGCAUCCUGCUCUUCAUCAUCAUCUUCCUGGGUGUGGUCCUCAUCAUGAAGAAACGAAGAACCUAUCACUCCUACACUUACUACCUGAAGCUGGCCAAGAAACGCAAGGAGACUCUGAGCAGCACCAGGCAGGAGAUGACAGUGAUGGUGAACUCCAUGGACAAGAGCUACACAGAGCAAGGCACUAACUGCGACGAAGCCAUUUCCUUUAUGGACACGCACAACCUCAAUGGUAGAAGUAAGUCUCAGACUGUGUCCUCGCCCUCAUCCUUCACCCUGAAGACUAACACGCUGAGCACCUCCGUGCCCAACUCCUACUACCCAGACGAGAACCACACGAUGACCAGCGACACCAGCAGCCUGGUGCAGUCCCACACCCACUCCUUUAAGAAGCGCGACCGUGAGGACGUGCCCUACCAGACGGGUCAGCUGCACCCCGCCAUCCGCGUGGCCGACCUGCUGCAGCACAUCACCCAGAUGAAGUGUGCCGAGGGCUAUGGCUUCAAGGAGGAGUAUGAGAGCUUCUUUGAAGGCCAGUCGGCUCCGUGGGACUCGGCCAAGAAGGACGAGAACCGCAUGAAGAACCGCUACGGCAACAUCAUUGCAUAUGAUCACUCUCGUGUGAGGCUACAGCCUGUGGAGGGGGAGCAGACCUCGGACUACAUUAAUGCAAAUUAUGUUGAUGGUUAUCAUAGACCGAACCACUACAUUGCGACCCAAGGACCCAUGCAGGAGACCGUGUAUGACUUCUGGAGAAUGGUGUGGCAAGAGAACACUGCGACCAUUGUCAUGGUAACCAACUUGGUGGAAGUGGGCCGGGUGAAGUGCUGCAAGUACUGGCCCGAUGACACCGAGAUCUACAGGGACAUGAAGGUGACACUGAUCGAGACCCAGCUCCUGUCCGAAUACGUCAUACGCACCUUUGCAGUCGAAAAGCGGGGUGCCCAUGAGAUCCGGGAGAUUCGGCAGUUCCACUUCACAGGCUGGCCAGACCACGGGGUGCCCUACCACGCCACCGGGCUCCUGGGCUUCGUACGCAGGGUCAAGUCCAACAGCCCCGCCAACGCCGGGCCCAUGGUGGUGCACUGCAGUGCUGGUGCUGGGCGGACUGGCUGCUUUAUCGUGAUUGACAUCAUGCUGGACAUGGCUGAGCGAGAGGGUGUGGUCGACAUCUACAACUGCGUGAGAGAGCUGCGCUCCCGCCGGGUCAACAUGGUCCAAACAGAGGAGCAGUACGUGUUCAUCCACGAUGCCAUCCUGGAGGCGUGUCUGUGUGGAGACACCACCAUCCCCUCCUCCCAGCUGAGAUCCGUCUACUACGACAUGAACCGCCUCGACCCCCAGACCAACUCCAGCCCCAUCAAGGAGGAAUUCAGGACGUUGAACAUGGUGACCCCCACGUUGCGCGUAGAGGACUGCAGCAUCGCGCUGUUGCCGCGCAACCACGAGAAGAACCGCUGCAUGGACGUCUUGCCUCCGGACCGCUGCCUGCCCUUCCUCAUCACCAUAGACGGGGAGUCCAGCAACUACAUCAACGCAGCACUCAUGGAUAGUUACAAACAGCCCUCGGCGUUCAUCGUUACCCAGCACCCUCUGCCUAACACUGUAAAAGACUUCUGGCGGCUGGUGUUGGACUAUCACUGCACGUCCAUCGUCAUGCUAAACGAUGUGGACCCAGCACAGUUGUGUCCACAGUACUGGCCUGAGAAUGGUGUCCACAGGCAUGGUCCCAUCCAGGUGGAGUUCGUAUCAGCUGAUUUGGAGGAGGACAUCAUCAGCCGGAUAUUCCGCAUCUACAACGCUGCACGGCCGCAGGAUGGCUACCGUAUGGUGCAGCAGUUCCAGUUCCUGGGCUGGCCCAUGUACCGCGACACGCCCGUCUCCAAGCGCUCCUUCCUCAAGCUCAUACGGCAGGUGGACAAGUGGCAGGAGGAGUACGAUGGCGGAGAGGGACGCACCGUAGUGCACUGCUUGAAUGGAGGAGGGCGAAGUGGGACGUUCUGUGCAAUCAGUAUUGUGUGUGAGAUGCUGAGACACCAGCGCUCUGUGGACGUGUUCCACGCUGUCAAGACACUGAGGAACAACAAACCCAACAUGGUCGACCUACUGGAUCAGUAUAAGUUCUGUUAUGAAGUGGCACUGGAGUACUUGAAUUCUGGUUAAUUUCGCAACGUUUCAAAGGCCUGGAGGCAUCCAACCCGUCCUACCCCCUGACCUGCCUUCUGCUUUUCCACUUGCCGCUCCCUCCCAACCCAACCCGACGCUGCCCUUUACCCUGCCCUGGCCCGCCCACACUUUACCCAGACUGAGACGCAAACACGCAUGAAUGUUUUUUAUUUACAUUUUCUUUUGUAUUAUUAUUUGUUUAAAAAAUAAAGAGCUGGACACAAAAAAAAGGCCCAGCGUGGAGCCCAGAGUGCUGCUCAGGCCAAACCUCGAAGUCAGACGUCGCUUGCAUCUUGGGAAAUGUGGUCUUUUGGAAAGGGGGGGAGCAAGAAGGAUACAUGGGAUUUUUUUUCACAAAAACAAAAAAAAAUCACAAGAGAGGAGAAAAAAAAUGAACUGUUGAUGUUUUUUUGUUAUGUUGAGGUUGCGGAGCGAAAGGGAGGGUCGGACGCUUGCACUGCCCGGCUGAGGAACUGUCUCUGGUGAUCCGUGACCCCGCCCCCCAAACCCGCCCCUCCCACCCUUGCCCUUGGUGUUUGACUUUGACCUUUGAACUCCCUCCUUCCUCCUUGUGCUCUGUGUUCGUACAUUUCAACAAGAGUCCGCUGGAUCCAUGCGCUACUGUACCCAAGCCCAGCCCAGCCCCCCACCAACACCCCUUCACCAGCAUCUAUAGACUUUGAGGAGCACACAAACACUGAUGAACUUUACCGCUCGUUCGUCCAAGCAAGUUGCUUUAUUCUCUCACUUUCUGAGAAACACACACAUACUCUCCCCUUCUAAGUCUCUCUCCUCUGUCUCUGUCUGUCUGUCUGUCUCUCUCUCUCUCUCUCUCUCUCUCUCUCUCUCUCUCUCUCGCUCUCUGUCUCUCUCCUUCUCUUUCUCUGCUGCUCUCUCUGUAUCUCUCUCUGUCUGUUUCUUUCUCUUUCUAUUUCUCUUUCUGUUUCCCUCAGUCUCUCUC